CGAAAGCAACCGCAGCCUGCAAUCCACCCUUUUAAGGUUACUCUUCCCUUCAUUCUCGCAGGGCGUGGAACUUACUUAGUGCAACUGCGCCCUAUUCCUGAUACCUGUAAGAUGGGCUUGCUCACUCCUCCCUUUUCUCACGGUUGCCUGGUUGUUACAGCAUUGUCCGCUCGCCGAAGACCCCCCCUCUCUCUCCGUUCGCGACGAGACCCCAGUGAUCACCUGUAGAACACGCAAGCAGUUAACAAUCAAGCCAUGUCUGCAGGGCCGUUUCCAGAUUUCUCUGCUAGCAGAUCUUCUCAACCUGGAUUAUAUUCCCUCACAGGCAAUUCCAUUGACGGCAAGGGCGGAGCUAGCCUAGGAAAGCCUGAUCUCCUGGUGAGCCCAGCCAUGGACCACACAGGCCCGGAUGAAGAUGGGCUCCCAACAAACACGAACCACUCGCGCAUGCACAAUCGUAAUCGCUCCAGCGUCGAUGGAACCAAAUACAAGGAUGGACAAUGGUCGCCAGAUAAUGAGAGAAUCGUUCUGGGGCCAUACGAUUAUAUGCUACAGCACCCCGGCAAAGACAUACGGCGGCAGCUUAUCAACGCUUUCAACGUAUGGUUGAAGGUACCCCCGGAGAGCCUCUCAAUCAUCACAAAGGUGGUGGCCAUGCUUCAUACUGCAUCGUUACUGAUCGAUGAUGUCGAGGAUAACUCAAUUUUGCGACGCGGUAUUCCCGUAGCUCAUAACAUAUACGGCACCGCGCAAACCAUCAACUCUGCGAACUAUGUAUAUUUCCUUGCUCUGCAAGAGGUGCAAAAGUUGAACAACCCCGCUGCGAUUGACAUCUACGUCCAAGAGUUAUUGAACCUACACCGCGGUCAAGGAAUGGAUCUCUUCUGGCGAGAUACUCUGACUUGCCCCAGCGAGGACGAAUAUUUGGAAAUGGUCGGUAACAAAACUGGGGGUUUGUUCCGACUUGCAGUGAAGUUGAUGCAGGCUGAAAGUAGCUCCGGAAAGGACUGCGUGAGCCUCGUCAACGUCAUGGGGCUGAUUUUCCAAAUCUGCGACGACUACCUCAACCUGUCCAACACUACGUACACCAAGAACAAAGGUCUUUGUGAAGAUCUCACGGAGGGAAAGUUCUCCUUUCCCAUCAUUCAUAGUAUCCGAUCCAACCCCGGAAACCACCAGCUCCUGAGUAUUCUCAAGCAAAAGACGAAAGAUGACGAAGUCAAACUGUAUGCAGUCAGUUACAUGGAGAGCACUGGCAGUUUUGCGCACACGCGGGACGUGGUCCGAGAAUUGCGAGCCAAAGCACUGACCCUAAUUCAAGCGAUCGAUGGUGACCAAGCAGAUGGACGCGAAGAUGGCGCCAUGGUUCGGGCGAUCCUCAACAAGAUCACCGAGUCGACACUGGGGGAGUGUGGUCCCCAGUAGUGAGUUCAUACAGGCGAUGGUUAAGCGCUCAUGCUCGGGGAUAAUUCGCUGCCCAUCCCUGGUUGGUCGGUUUGGUCGAUUGGAUGGGAUCUCGUAUUUUAUACAGGAUGUUGAAACGUGAUAUAUUUUAGCCUAUUGAUCAGAUGCCUUAUAAUCUGAAACAUUGCGCACUCAUGGCGA